AUGGCGUGCUACCUGGUCAUCAGCUCCCGGCACCUCAGCAACGGGCACUACCGCGGCAUUAAGGGCGUCUUCAGGGGACCGCUCUGCAAGAAGGGCGCUCGCUCGCCGGACUAUGCUGAGAAGGAGAAAGCGGCAGCAAAGGCUCUGGAGGACGUGAAGGCUAACUUCUACUGUGAACUCUGUGACAAACAGUACCACAAGCACCAGGAAUUUGACAACCACAUCAAUUCUUAUGACCAUGCUCACAAGCAGAGAUUGAAAGAUUUAAAACAAAGGGAAUUUGCUCGAAAUGUGGCUUCAAAGUCAUGGAAAGAUGAGAAGAAACAGGAAAAAGCACUUAAGCGGCUCCACCAGCUCGCAGAGCUACGGAAGCAGUCAGAAUGCAUCACAGCAAGCGGACCAAUGCUUAAAGCCCCCAGAUUAGUUGUGGAAAAGCAGCAAUCAGCAGAUGAAAUUUUCCUAUACAAGGGUGGCAAAUUCACCACUGGUUCUCAAACCACAGCCACGGGUAAAGGACAAGGUUUCCCCAGAAGCAUAGUAGAGAAACAGCAGCUUAUCAUUAGCAGGCACCGGUCACCCACUAAGAGACUCCACGUGCUUGGAAAUCAAGUCUCACGAGUGUUCCCAGACAGCAUCAGCGCUUCUCAAAGGACAGGAGUGUCUUUCUCAUUCUCUAAAAAAGUCCCUUUGAAGCUUGAGUCCUCAGCCUCAGUCUUCAGUGAGAACUCUGAAGAAGGAAAUGAUUGUAGUGAAUCCCCCAACCAUAAAACAAAGCAAGCUCCUGGCACACUUUUGGAGGAGGAUGGAAAAGCAAGCUUGGAUAAAGGGCCACCUAUUCCAGAAGACCAAAUGGUUUUGGAUAACAGUGUAUCAAGACGUGUAGCUGCCAAACCUAAAAUGCUAAAAGCAAAUGAUAAAAGCAGUGAUAGAGAAUUAAAAGAAAUAGUCAGUACUCAUCUUUCAUUUUCCAAAAUCAAAACUCAGCUUUCAAAUUUGGAUUUUUCUGGUUCACUUAGAGAAACAGAGCAAGACAGCAAAUUGAAUGAGUCUGAACAAUUGCUGGAAACACUCAUUUCACCUUCAUGCCACACUAGCAAUGUUUGUAUACAGCAGAACACCUACAAGCACAGCAACACCCACCUGCCCAACCAGCUACCUGAGCUCCCACCACAUCAAGCAUUUGAGCAGGGAGGUGUCAGUGACAUUAAUGAUGGUCCUGGGGAGGUCAAAAGAGAGCAAUCUUUGGAAAAUUCAGAUCUUUUCAGAAUUCAGAAUGGGAAUAUGGAAACACUUCCAAGGGAGACUGUGGUUAAAGAGGUUAAGCCCCAAGCAUUGCCUUUUCUUCAUGUAGUGAGCAAAGACGGCAGCACUGCUCUGCAGUGGCCCACAGAACUACUUUUGUUUACAAAAACUGAGCCCUGUAUUUCAUAUGGCUGUAAUCCAUUAUAUUUUGACUUCAGACUCUCUUUAAACCACAGAGAUGGUAAACAGUGUGAAACAAACAAAGCAAGCUGUAAAGAGCACUCUAUAAAUAAGAGUGCAGAUGAAAAUGAAGCCUCAGGUUUAAUAAAACACAAGCAAAUGUCAAAUGAACAAGAUAAUCAGUUGUUGAAACCAAAGAAGAUGAAAGAUUCCCUCAACCCAAGAAAGGCCAAGCAAAAAGCUGAGUCAGACAUAGGGAAAGAAAUGAAUGAAAAUGGUCAAAAAUAUGUUUCAGAUUAUUUGAAUGAAAAUAUACCCAAAGUGCCUGCUUACCUUGAUGUCUCACAAAAGGAUUAUAUGAGAGGAAAAAGUAUUCAUACAACAACACUGAGAAGAUCUUUAAAGCAUCAUUUUCAUAGCUGUGAAAGAAAGAAACACAACAUUAGAAAUGAAAGCAUUUCCUUUUCUGCUUUUAUGUCUAGGAUUAAAAAAUCUAAAACUGCAAAAUGUCAUUUGAUUUAUUCUGAAGAAAAACAUGAAAAACAAAAUGACUGCAGAUCCAUUCAAGACCUGUCCAGCUGCAGUGGUGACAUAAGUGACAGUGGAAAAGAUUCUGGUGGAAGUUUCCUCAGUUUUAAGUCCUGUUUGAACAGCAGGAAUUCAGAAAAUGAAGGAUAUGGAAGUUAUACGAGAUGUUGGAGGUUCUCCACUCCUCUGAAGUCCUCCUCUGACAGACAUUCUAGCUAUUCUGACACUUCUGUUAGUAACAUAAGUAGCUAUAUAAGCUGUUCCUCUAAUCCCCCAUUGAGCAAUCACAGUAGAAAUCAUUUGCUUUUUUGUUGCAAAAGAAAAAGCAAGACAGUUGAAAGGCACAAAUGUAAGCACCGAAAGCACAACUGCUUUUUCACCUCUGAUGAUGCAGAUGAGGAUUACCUUUGGCAUACUAGAAGUCAAAAGACUAGAAACUGUUCACAAAAGGGCACAGCUGAAUAUCAACGAUGUUCAAGACAUAAAGUUUUACACCAUAGAGACAGAUCUAAACACAGCAGAUAUAGACACCGGCAUUUUGGCAAAGUGCAUAGCAGAAGUAGAAACUACCAUAUCUCCAAAAGUUCUUCCACCAGAGAUUCACAAAGCAGUCAAAGAUCAUCUAGUUGCAGAACAUCAAGAGGUAGCCGUUCAGGAUCCUUCUCAAAAGACAACUGUGAGAACAAGCAAGAGGAAGAUGCAGAAGGAGAUUCUAACGCUGAACCAGGAAAAGCUGAAACUACACAUUUUGACUCUCUGAAUGUAAAUUGCCAGUCAAAAAAAUUUGAUACCUGCUCUUCUGAAAACUUAGCAAAAGACAUAGAGGGAAAAAGAAAGUCACUGUCAGCCAAGCUGCUUUUAGAAAGAGUGCAGUUCAAGAAAACCCAGAAACAAAUGCGUAGUUCGGAGAGAUUUUCAAACAGUUGCAGGAUAGAAUCAAAGGAUCACUCACAAAGUCACUGUGCGCUUCAGUUUUCAUCAUCAGUAGAUGACAUAACAAUGUUACCUUUGCCAGAAAAACUCCUAAGCUUAGAUAAAAAUGAUAUAGGGCAUAAUGAAAUCAGUUCAAUGGAAAACUGUGUGAACAAAAACAACUUUGAAGCUUCAGAGAUAACUGAUGUUGGUCUUUCAACAGGCACUGAUUAUGAUCAUCGUCUUUUUAAAGACAUCAUUCAAAUAGGAACAGGCUAUCAGAGCCCAAGCAUGAAAAGGAACACAGCAAUAAAGGAACAAUCCAAUUUCUUAAUUAGUGAUGUGCAACCCUUUAUACAAAGCUGUGACCCAGUACCAAAUGAUUUCCCUGGUGCUUUUCCCUCUAAUAGAUAUUCUGUUGUUACUAAUUCAACAGAGACCAAAGAAGAACUACAUGAUGUAAACAUGGACUUGAACCGGGCAGAGGGCAGUUCAGACUCUCUUUGUGACAAUGCUAUGCAGAAGUACGAUGAAACAGUAAAUGACCUGGAAGCGUACAAUAAAGCCACCUCCCCACCUUUAACACAGCAGCCUAUAACAUUUUCACCAGAGGAAAUAGAUAAAUAUAGGUUGCUCCAGCUGCAAGCUCAGCAGCAUAUGCAGAAACAACUUCUGGCAAAACACCUUAAAGUUUUGCCUGCCCCAGGACCAGCUGCCUUCUCUGCAACACCAGCAGUUCCCACUGUCCCCGUUCAGCAGCACGCUACUGUCACCACCAUUCACCAUACGCUGCUGCAACGCUUUGCUGUCUCAGCAUCAGUACAUCCCCACACCAGUCACCUCUCUCUCGCACACCUCCAUCCCCUCUCCCAUGCACAUUUCUCCCCCAUAUCACUUUCCCCUCUAGCCCCAGCCCUUAUGCCUACCCACCCCGCUCUGCUGACAGGACAUCCAUUACACGUGGUCUCUGCCACCCCUAUUCACCCUUCCCCACUGAACUUCCCAGCAUUGCCACAUGCUGCAUAUAUGCCAGCCUUAUUUGCACCACACUUGACUGCAGCUACAACUGCUAUACAUCCAAAUCCCUUAAUUCAUCCUCUAUUCCAAGUGCAAGAUCUCCAUCACCAUUCUUGCUCUAGCCAGACCCAACAGUUACCCACAAUAAAAGAAGUUUUUGGUGUUUCUAGCUAUUUAAACUAG